AUGUCGCUGAGGCCGAGUACACGCGCGGAGCUGAGGAAGAAGAUUUACAAGACCGGGGUCGAUGCCGAUGAGGCCAGGCGGAGGAGAGAGGACAACCUCGUCGAGAUCAGAAAAAACAAGCGUGAGGACAGUCUCCUCAAGAAGCGCCGCGAAGGGAUGACGCUCCCUCAGCAGCAGUCUCUCGGAACUGGCCUCGACGCCUCCCAGAACGCUGCCGCCGUUGAGAAACGAUUAGAAGGUAUCCAUAUGAUGGUACAAGGUGUUUAUUCUAACGAUCCUCAAGAACAGCUAGAAGCCACUACUCAGUUUAGAAAGUUGUUAUCUAUUGAGCGCAGUCCACCGAUUGAUGAAGUGAUCAAAGUUGGUGUUAUCCCACGUUUUGUGGAGUUUCUUGGAAGGCAAGACCAUCCUCAACUGCAGUUUGAGGCUGCUUGGGCCUUGACCAACGUUGCGUCAGGAACUUCAGAUCAUACUCGGGUUGUGAUUGAACAGGGGGCGGUUCCUAUCUUCGUUGAGCUUCUUAGCGCUGCUAGUGAUGACGUUCGAGAACAGGCGGUGUGGGCGUUGGGGAAUGUUGCUGGAGACUCUCCAAACUGCAGGAAUCUUGUUCUCAACUAUGGGGCUCUUAUACCGUUGCUGUCCCAGUUAAACGAAAAUUCCAAGUUAUCCAUGCUAAGGAAUGCUACAUGGACUUUGUCCAACUUUUGUCGUGGGAAACCGCCAACACCAUUUGAACAGGUGAAGCCUGCGCUGCCAGUUCUUCGGCAGCUUAUUUAUCUAAAUGAUGAAGAAGUUCUCACAGAUGCCUGCUGGGCUCUCUCCUACCUAUCAGAUGGCCCCAAUGAAAAGAUUCAGGCUGUGAUUGAGGCAGGUGUCUGCCCGCGACUUGUGGAGCUUCUGAGUCAUCAAUCACCUACGGUUCUCAUUCCCGCCCUUCGAACUGUUGGGAACAUCGUAACUGGUGAUGACUCUCAGACACAGUUUAUAAUUGAUAGUGGCGUACUUCCGCACCUUUAUAAUUUGCUUACGCAAAAUCACAAGAAAAGUAUAAAAAAAGAAGCUUGUUGGACUAUCUCAAAUAUUACUGCUGGGAACAAAGUUCAGAUAGAGGCUGUGGUUGGCGCUGGAAUAAUCCUUCCUCUUGUGCACUUGCUCCAAACCGCGGAGUUCGAUAUAAAGAAGGAAGCUGCCUGGGCUAUCUCCAAUGCCACGUCAGGAGGAUCUCAUGAGCAGAUUCAAUAUUUGGUGACCCAAGGCUGCAUCAAACCUCUUUGUGAUCUUCUAAUCUGCCCUGACCCGAGGAUUGUGACAGUGUGCCUCGAGGGGCUUGAAAACAUUCUCAAGGUUGGUGAGGCCGACAAGGAGAUGGGAUUAAACGGUGGAGUGAACCUUUAUGCUCACAUAAUAGAAGAAUCUGAUGGGCUUGACAAAAUCGAAAACCUUCAGUCCCAUGAUAACAACGAGAUAUAUGAGAAGGCCGUCAAGAUCUUGGAGAGAUAUUGGGCUGAAGAAGAGGAAGAGCAGAAUUUGCUGGACGGCGUGAGCGAAAAUCCGCACCAGAGCUUCAACUUCGGGAACAACCAGGCCGCUCCUCCCCCUGGUGGAUUCAAAUUUACCUGA